AUGGCGCCAAAGAUGACGCCAUUUCCACAUCGAGGCAAAAUGGCGGCGUCGCAAGCGGAAAAACUCUGGCUCCGUUGCAUACUGCUCUGUGCCUGCGUUGGCGCCGCCGUCGGCGGAAAAGACAAUUCCGCCGUACAUCCAUAUGGUCUGGUUAACAACAAUAACAACAACUACAACAGUUACUCACAUUUUUUGAACGAUGUGGCCUUCUAUUGCCCAUCGGAGGGUCUCUUUGCCGACGACUAUGACUGCCGCAUUUACUAUCGGUGCGAGAUUCAAUCCAACGACUAUAUUAGACCCUAUAUGUUUGCUUGUAAGGAGGGCACGUUCUUCUCUCGCGCCCUCAAGCUGUGCAUGCCUCCAUUGCUGGCCGGACGUAAAGAAUGUGGGCACUUCAUGAACGAAAUUGAUUCAGACGCCCAUGCCGAUGUUGAUGCUGACGGCCAGACAGAUAGCCAACUGCUGUAUGAUGGGCUCGUCAAUAAUGGCCAUAAUGUGCUGCUUAACAGCGUGGUCACACCCGCCGCCAACGACCUGCGCACGUAUACCACGAGAAAUCAGUUGCCCACAAAUUACGGCCUGACAGGCUUGAAUGGGGUUUCGAUCAUAUCCUUCACGAGUUCACCAUCUUUGCGGGCCGCUGCGGGUGAGGAGGAGGGACCCACCUGUGAAACUGAUGGAUUUAUGAGCGAUUCUGAUGACUGCAGCGUGUUUUAUCGCUGCAUCUCCAAUGGACGUGGCUUUAAUAAAAUCGGCUUUCGCUGUUCCGAAGGCACCGCCUGGGAUGAAUCACUGCAGUCUUGUAACCAUAUGGUUGAGGUACGUGCCAGUGGCGGCUGCCGCAAUCAACCCGAAGUGCUUAGUGAUAACUAUGCGGGACAAACAUCAACACAGUCAUCGCAAUCAAGCUACCAAAACUCCACAAUGUCCUCAUCCAGCAGUAGUAGUCAACAGAGCAGCUCUUCGACUAGCUCUUCAUCCAGUUCGUCCACAUCGUCCUCAACAUCCUCUUCAACCAAUUCAUCGGCGAACCAACAAGAAUCAAGCAGCACUGAGGGAUCUUCAACCACAUCCAGCAGCAGUGAGCAAUCAAGUUCAAGCACCACAAGCCAAAGUUCUGGCAGUAACCAAAAUACCAAUUCAAAUAACCAGCAGAGCUCCAAUAACAAUCAAUCUUCCAACAGUAACCAAAAUUCCAAUAAUCAGUCCAACCAAUCCUCAGGCAGUAAUCAGUCUUCAACUGCUACAAACAAUCAAUCGAAUCAAAGUAGCACUGAAAAUGCGGCCACUGAGUGCGAGGAUGAAAACACAUACAUUCCUAAUAAAGAAGAUUGUACCAAAUUCUACAGAUGUCGUCUAACUGAUGAUGGAGAUUUAGAAAAAGUACCGUUCACCUGUGGUCCUGGCACAGUCUGGAAUCAGGAAGAUAGAGCCUGCGAUGCACCCACCGACGAUCAAAUGAAAUUGUGCAACAUAGCUGCGAAUGAAAACAACAGCAGCAGCAAUCAACAAGCCAGUAGUAGCAACCAAAGUUCAUCUACGAGUGCCAGCCAAUCGGGCAACGAAAAUUCGAACAACCAAACAAAUCAGUCGGGCAGCAAUCAACAAAGCUCCUCGACUUCAAGCGGUAAUCAAUCUUCCAACAAUCAGCAAAGCUCUUCGUCAAACAGUCAGGGCAGCAAUCAAGGCUCAUCAAGCUCAAGCUCUAGUAAUCAAUCCUCUUCUAGUGGUGCGAAUCAAAGCUCAGGUAGCUCAUCAAAUAGCCAAGUGCCUUCGACUACCACUUCGAAGCCUUCAAGCCCUGAUGGCGAGUGUCAGCAUUCAGAAACAUAUUUACCGGACAAGAGGAACUGUGCCCGUUUUUAUCGUUGUGUGGAUAAUGGCAACGGUGGGUUCGAAAAGGUUGCUUUUGAUUGUGCACCAGGCACAGUUUGGGACCCCGACACAAAAGGUUGUAACCAUCCAACAGAUGUGCAAAAGGAGCAAUGCAAGGCAAUGACAAGCGGUAGUGGUUCGACCUCCAACCAAGGAUCUUCGUCCAACCAAGGGUCAUCAUCUAGCCAAGGAUCAUCAUCCAGCCAAGGAUCAUCAUCUACCCAAGGAUCGUCAUCUAACCAAGGAUCAUCAUCUAACCAAGGAUCGUCAUCUACCCAAGGAACGACUUCUAGCCAGGGAUCUUCAUCUAACCAAGGAUCAUCAUCUAACCAAGGAUCAUCAUCUACCCAAGGAACGACUUCUAGCCAGGGAUCUUCAUCUAAUCAAGGAUCAUCAUCCAAUCAAGGAUCAUCAUCUACCCAAGGAUCGUCAUCCAACCAAGGAUCAUCAUCUAACCAAGGAUCCUCAUCCAAUCAAGGAUCCUCUUCCAACCAAGGAUCCACAUCAACUCAAGGAUCCUCAUCCAAUCAAGAAUCCUCGUCCAAUCAAGGAUCAUCAUCAAAUCAAGGAUCCUCAUCCAAUCAAGGAUCGUCGUCCAAUCAAGGAUCAUCAUCAAAUCAAGGAUCAUCAUCAAAUCAAGGAUCCUCAACCAGUCAAGGAUCCUCAUCAAAUCAAGGAUCAUCAUCAAAUCAAGGUUCCUCGACCAAUCAAGGAUCAUCAUCAAAUCAAGGAUCUGUCACAACAACUCACAAGCCCUUCAAACCGGCAGAAAAAUGUGAAAGCGAAGAAACUUUUUUGGCAGAUAAAGAAAACUGUUCCAAGUUCUAUCGUUGCGUUAAUGAUGGUAAAGGAGGAUAUUCCAAAAUUCCCUUCACUUGCCCACCAAAUACUGUAUGGGAUCCCCAGGCGAACAGUUGUAAUCAUCCUGCCCAAGUAGAAAACUUAAAUUGUAAAAUCAUCAGUAGUGGCGAGCAAACAUCGAAUUCAAGUACAAGCUCCUCAUCUAGUACUAGCAAUCAGCAAGAAUCAACAACGUCAUCAUCAAGCAGUCAAAGUUCAUCAUCCAGUAGUACAACAGCAGCUUCAUCGUCAACCGAAUCUAGCAGCACCUCUUCAUCAACUAGUACGAGCGGCUCUUCCACCAGUGGCUCUUCAACAAGCGACAGCUCUACCACCGACAGUUCAACUACCGCAAGCUCAACUACCAGCAGCUCAACCACUGGCUCAACAGCUAGCGGAAGUUCUACUACCAGCAGCUCAACCAGCAGUACUUCUACUACAUCUAGGCCCCCAUCAAGACCUUCAGGCGAUUGUAAUGCAAAUGGAGAAUUUUUGGGCGACGAAGUCGACUGUGCCAGAUUCUAUCGUUGUGUGAACAAUGGUCGCGGAGGAUAUGAUAAAGUUGCAUUUUCUUGCGUUUCUGGCACUGUCUGGGAUAGUCAAAUCGCGUCAUGUAACCAUGCUUGGGCUGUAAAAGAUAAAAACUGUGGAGUAAAUACUGCAGUGCAGCAGCCAACAACAUCUCGACCAACAUCUAGUACGGCGCAAUCUACCACAACUGUUCGACCUAAUCGACCGCCUUCCGGCACAACCCAGACUCCAAAUUCAAAUAGUGAAGGUAUUUGCAGAGAGGAAGGAUUCAUUGGUGAUCCAAGCGAUUGCUCUAAGUUCUACCGCUGCAUUAGCAAUGGUAAGGGCGGAUUCACCCAGAUUUCAUUUAAAUGUGCCGCUGGUACGGUAUGGGAUCAAGAUCUGCAAACUUGCAAUCACGAUCUUAAUAUGUGCAAUACCAACAGCCCAGAAGGUAGCUCCACAUCUACAGAACCAUGGUCCACUGCUUCCCAACCCACAACGAUUUCAACUACCACCCCCACAACCAUUUCAACAAUACGACCAACAACCAUUUCAACUACUCGCCCCACAACUGAAAUGCCAGUAACAUCUACAACCUGGGCUCAGCCAACCUCUACAGGCACACCCCAAACAACAGCUCAACCCACCACUUUAGGGCCUUCAACAAUACCGCCAACAACAACCCAAGUACCACAAACAACCACUCGAGAUCCAGAGUCAACAACGCAGGCUCCACAGACAACUACACAAAUCCCACCAACAACAACCCGAGUUCCUCCAUCAACUACAAGCUCGCCACAGACAACAAAUUCUGAACCUGAAACUACCACCAGUCUACCGCCAACUACAACGCCGGUACCAAAUUUACCACCUGGUACCAAAUGCCAAGGCGAAGGUUUCAUGGCUGAUCCCACAAAUUGCCGCAAGUUCUAUCGAUGUGUGAAAAACGGGGACUCAAUUUCUAAACAUGAAUUUAUGUGUGCCAAGGGCACUGGCUGGAAUGAAGAGAAGCAAACCUGCGACCACGCUGAGAAUGUAGAUCGCUGUGCUGGACAAACAGACGCUCCGGAAACCACAACUUUGCCAUCAAGUCCAACUGAGACAACGGAAAAUGCUCCAACUAGGCCUACUACGACUGAAAGGCCUACUAAGCCACCCACAAAUCCAACUACGACAGAAGCCACAACAAAACCAACCACCACAGACAGUCCCACAAAGCCAACAACUGAGCCACCCACAAAACCCACCACGACAGAUAAUCCCACAAAGCCAACAACUGAGCCUCCGACAAAACCCACCACUACUGAAAAUCCCACAAAACCAACAACUGAGCCUCCGACAAAACCCACCACUACUGAAAAUCCCACAAAACCAACAACUGAGCCUCCGACAAAACCCACCACUACCGACAAUCCCACAAGACCAACAACUGAGCCGCCCACAAAACCCACUACGACAGAUACACCAACGAAGCCAACAACUGAGCCUCCGACAAAGCCCACCACUACCGACAAUCCCACAAAUCCAACAACCACUGACUCACCAACUAAACCAACAACCGAAAAUUUUCCAAUAACGACUUCAAAGCCUGGAUAUAAUCCCACCACCACCACCGAAGAUUACCCCAGCACUACAUCAGAGCCUAUUAAUUUCAAUUGCACUGGCGAAGGAUUCUAUGCUGAUCCACAGGACUGCAAUCGGUACUACCGCUGCGUAGAUAAUAAUAAAAACGGAAACUAUCAAGUCUACAGCUUCCGUUGCCCCAAAGGCACUGUGUGGGAUACGUCAGUCGAGACCUGCAAUUAUGCAGACCAGGUUUCCGGCAACUGCUCGUCGGCAACAACCCUCCGACCAGACACAACAACGAGCACCAUAGCACCUGAUUCUACAACAAUAAUACAUCCAACAACGGAGGGACCCGCUGAAACGACAUCCACAUCACCGUUGCCGAUUACCACAACGAAAUCACCAGCAGAAACAACGACCACAAUACGACCGAUUGAAACAACAACACAACAACAGACCACGGUAGAGACCACGCCACAAACCACACCACAGACCACACCACAGACCACGCCACAAACCACACCACAGACCACGUCACAGACCACGUCACAGUCCGAACCUCAAACCACGACAGAGUCCGAGCCACAGCCUACGCCGAAGCCAUCAACCAAUACGACCGCUCCAUGUCCACCCACAGCAGAGGGUCAAAACGUAUACGUUUGUCCAACUGGCUUCCGCCGGCAUCCCAAGGAUUGUGGCAGAUUCUACCAGUGCAACGAUAACUCGGACAAUAAUGACCUCAACAUUGUGGUCUUCCAGUGCCCCAAUGGUACUGUUUAUCAGGAGGACUCUUGUCGCUGCGGCACGCCUGCUCCCAACGACAGCUGCGUCAAUAAAGUUGCCACACGCAGUGCCUUCUAUGAUGAGGAAACACGCCGUUUAAAUAUGGUACAAAUUCGAUCAACAGAGCCACUGUGCCCUGAAGAAGGCCAUUUUUCACUUAACGAUGACGAGUGCAGCCAGCUAUUUGUAAAGUGCGAUCUUUCGAGGAAGACGGGUCGCGUCGAAGGUCAAAUCUACCGCUGCCCACAAGGAUUCGCCUACUGGAAUGUCAGUCGACGCUGCGAACCUGCUCGGAAACUGAACUGCAUACCAACAACUUACAACGUUGGCAACAAUAUGCCGUUGGAGUGGCUCAACAUAGGGCAUAGACGUCGCAAUCUGCAUAUAUAA